AUGCGACUCUACCAAAAGCACGAGGCGGACGAUACGACAUGGAACGCACGCCAGAUGCGCAACGCCUUCCAGACGGCGAUUGCGCUCGGGCAUCACGAGCGGCUGCAGCGGAUCAUGGAUGAGGGUCUCACGCCGGAGCAAGCGAUGGCGUCUGGGGAUAUGAGGAUGACGGUGGUCCGGCUGACGAAGCGCAACUUCAACACCAUAGCCAAGGCGGCGCGGGACUUUGAGGACUACAUCAACUCUGUCCGAGGGCCGGACCGGCAAGUGGCAUUCAAAAGCCAGCAACGGUAUGACGACUUCGGCCAGGAUAUUCCCAAGGCACACAAGGACUACCCUUCACGUCACGGGGGACAAGGAAAGACUGCCGCAAGAAAGAAGCAUGGCAAUUCGCCAUCUGCGGCACGGCCUCGCAAGUUCAGAGAGACUAUCCAAAAGACUAUAUAUUAA